AACCUACGACAGCAGUCCUCUCUCUUCCUCUCUGCUGCUGCGAACGGGCCGUCCCUGAGCCUCUAUCCUUCGUCGGGAAGGGGGCCAUUAUAAUACGGCAAAGCCACCGGGGAUCGUCGCCAUGGUCUCGAAUCUUCGCAAGCUCGCCGACGCCGGUAGGGGCGGAGCAGUGGUCGUCCCCUACGAAAACAGCAGCAGCAGCAGCAGCAGCACGGGGGGCGCUUGCAAGGCGAUGCCGUCCUUCUCGCAGCAGCAGCAGCAGCAGCAGCAGCACAGGCCACCAUCCUACGCCUGCUCGGGCUGCUGCGGCGGCGGCGGCGGCGGCGGGGCUGGUGGCGUGCGGCAGCAGGAGCAGGAGCUAAUGCCGUUCAAGCCUCCUGACGGUUUCAGCUCUGCCGAGGAGGAGACCUGGGGCUCGGAGGGGGAGAUCGAGGAAACCACCGUUGCGGGACGGCGACGUGCCUUGGUUACCGGCGGUCCCAGCAGACACCACCACAGCGCCAACACCAAGGCCAUCAUGGCCAAUGGCGAGGAAGAGGAGGACGGGGAGUCCAGGGGUCUUCUGGUCGACGGAGGCGUUUCUAGAACGGUAUCGGCGGCGGCGCCCAUCGGCGGCGGCAUUGGAGGCAGGAGGAGAAAGGCAGCGAUGGGCGCGGGCAGGGCUAAACGGCGACCAUCUCUUGGAGCCGACGGAGGCUGCUGCGAAGCGUCAGGCCGCUUUGGCGGCGGUGGCAGAAGCACCGCUCACUGCCGACAGCAGGGUGCAGGAAGGACGGCAGCAGGGCGGGAAAGCGGCAAGGAGGUGGGGGGGCUCGUUGGUUCGCCCGGGGGUGGUAGUGGUAGUAGUCGUCGCCCUGUCAAGGUGUCGAGGUCUCUUUUCAUCGAGAUCGAGAACAAGGCCUCCGAGCCGCCGCGAAGACCCGCCGCGGGCAGCAGGCGGCGACGCCACCGGGCUUCCUUGCUGGGAAACCUGCCGCGCGCGCGAUUGCUGGGGAGGGAUGAUGCGGCGGGCGAGGACGCUGACGACCAGGGGGAGUGCUCGGAUGACGAAGCCAUGUGCGGAUGCGCCGAGAGGUGUCUCCGGGUGGUGGACUCUUGGUACCACAAGCUCAAGGGGACCACGGCAGAGGUCAAGUUCUCCGAGCUCGACCAGCUUGAUCAGGCGGAGUCUGGCAGGAUGCCGUAGAUUCAGACAAUCUCUGGUUGAUCACCGGGCACGUGUAUAACCGGCGUUCUGUUUCAGGGAAGGGAAGGUGGUGUUGGUCCUGAAGUCGGGCGGAUCAAUCGGCAGAUGCGCGGGGUUGCUGCUUGGAGGAUCUUACAUGGCACAAGGUGUUCGUGCAGAGUUGGGCUGACACGGGCUCUCGUGGAAUAGUUGGGGUUGUAAAGAUCGGCAACGAGAAGAACAGUGCUUCGUCUUUUGGUACGACGGAGUUUAAUGUACGAGGGCCGUUUUCUGGUCGUUCUUCCUUGUUGUGAUUGUAACCCAAGAUACAUUUGCUUGGUCUUUUUGGUACGGAGUUUUAUGUACGGGGGCCGUUUUCUGGUCGUUAUCGCUUGUGGUUGUGACCUAAGAGAGGUUUGCCGGGGCUCUACGGCGGUUGGGGAGCCAUUUGGAGGGAACUGCAGUAGUGUUGUAUGCAUAGCUGCGGCGUGUUGCCUUGUUGGAGCCAGUUGGAGGGAAGGGCAAGUAUUGUAGGCUGCAGCUUUGAGGAUGUUCGCUUGUUGUUUUGUUACUUUUCAGUGAGGUCGUGCGGCUACACAUCAAAGUGCACUCCCACAAUUCCCUGAGAACGGGAUUAACAUGUUUUUUGGUGAUGGAUGUCAGAGGUGUUAAAUUUUUCAUCGUGCCCUCAGGAUUUCGAUUAGUGUUGCGUACAAUAGCCUUGGCGAACAGACUGCGUACUCUCUCUUGUUGUGCUCCUGUCUGUCUCACCUGUCUUGUUGUCCUUUCCUACCCUCUUCCUCUUCCUCGCUGAAACCGCCAAGACUAAUGCUUGUCGAGACUCUCUCUUUGUUCGCUGGUUUGCUUGUACAUGUCGCCGAUGUUGAUGCAUACCCCAAAAUCGCUCGCUCUUGCCCUCUGGGUCUGGAGAGAAAAAUAAAGAAGGGAGCUACCGCUUUGUUUUCCAGGCGUGAAUCUUGGUAAUCGUGGCCUGUAGAAUGGAGGAGCGAGGGGGGGGGGAGGGGGGGAUUAGCCCGGAAGCGUUGAGCGUAAUUGGAUAGUAUAUAGCAUGUUUUUACCCGAGCGUGGUUGGAAGCAGCAUGCGCUCGCUCGGGCGUUUGUUCUCUGUAAUUUCGUGAGGAGUUUGUAGGCAUCCUCCUUUGCUAUUGGCUAUACGAGAGCUUGUGUUGUUUCCGUUGUUGUUGCCUUAGAUGUUUGUUUUGGCGUGUGUAGUAAGAUAUUUCCGUUAAAACCACCGUAUGAUAUGUCCGAUAACACCAGUGGAUGUUGAUCGAGCGGUGGGAUCUCCGCAUAUAUAAUUAGUCAGUCCCCACCCAGAUCUUUUUGCCGUAUGUACGUCAGUUGUUGCAGCCAGUGAGUGUUGGUCGCGGCGGAGACUGCUGUUUUUCUCGUUUGGCCGUCGCCCCCUUGGGGGUGUGAUGUGCUCUCCUGUCCAUCUGCCGAAUAUAUGUGAGGGCGUGUUGUGUCGCGUGUGAUGUGAAGCUGGCAGAAUCAGAGUACGAGGAUUGCACAAGAGAGUAAAUGACAAUUCGGUAGCAAGUUUCCUAGAGCUCUUUUUGUUGUCGGGGGUAGAAAGGGGGGCGGGAGGGGGGGGAUUGGCUUUGUAUGAAAGCAUUUGUGGUGUGCAUGGAGCUGAAACGAUGUGUUAUGGCUGCAAAGAGGAUGUUAGCUGGGAGCUAUGUCGUGGUCGAGUCAAACGCCCUGCACGCUGGGGUACUGGUCGGCGUUUUUUGACCGUCCAAAGCCCCAAUGCCUAAGUCUGUAUGGGCGAAGUCGCGCGGUUAACGUGUGGCAGAUGAAACAUGUUUCAACGGCGUUCAUCUGUGAACCACCUAGAUUCCGUUGUGGUGGCCGUUUCUUUCCAGAAUGUCGGAUCCACGAGCAUACUUGAGAAUUCGGCAGUGAUCUGAGGUUAAAGUGCCUUCCGAGAAAAACUCAACCUUCGAAUAGCAAAGCUCCCG